AUGUCUUCAGAGGAAACUGGACUCCCCAAGGGAUGGGAGGUGCGCCGCUCCAACACCAAGAACCUCCCAUACUACUUCCAGGCCUCGACCAAGGACUCGCGAUGGGAACCUCCUGCAGGCACCGACCCGGAGAAGCUCAAGCAGUACAUGGCCAUCCACCAUAGCUCCAAGGGUGUUGCGCCUGCCGCCUUUCAACCCACCAAAGACAAGAUUCGAUGCGCGCAUCUGCUCGUCAAGCAUGCCGACAGCAGACGCCCUGCUAGUUGGCGCGAGCCCAAGAUCACGCGCACCAAGGCCGAGGCGAUAGAGUUGAUUGAAGGAUAUCAGAGACAGAUCCAAGCAUACGAGCAAGGCACAGAUGACCCCAAUGCCAAAUCGCUCUCCGAAUUGGCCACAACCGAGUCGGAUUGUAGUAGCGCUCGAAAGGGCGGUGACCUGGGUUUCUUUGGCCGGGGCGAUAUGCAACGGGAGUUUGAAGAGGCAGCUUUCAGGCUGGAAAAGGGGCAAGUCAGUGAGAUAGUGGACACGGCUUCAGGAAUCCACUUGAUUCAAAGGUUGGUACUGCGGACGACGUGGUGCGCCGCUCAAGCUAACUGGGCCCCCACAGGCUCGAAUAAGCAGGGUACCCAGUAUUUGAUAGGCCAACUACUGGUAAUUGCAAGUGAUGAAUGCCUAAUGGAUUCGACCCUGACUCCAACGUCACAUUUGCGUACAUGCCACACCCACACACAACCACACGAGCACAUGUCCAUCAGGUCGCAGCAAGUUUGGGAGUAG